AUGAAAGCUUACAUUUAUGACGAGGAAUCAAAACUUCCGCCUCAAGACGAGCAUGAUUCAAACGAGCCCGUUUCUCUAAAGGAUUUGAAAUCCCUGGGUGUGCUGUAUUGGUCGAUUGACUCGAUCGAUCAAGUGAAUUCAAUCGCUAUUCAACGGGAUUAUAAAAACCGUGACCAAAUUAUAUGCAGUCCUCAAGCGAUGGGAGACAUCUAUCAACAGAAACUGGACACAUUCUUUGAGGAGCAUCUUCAUGAAGAUGAAGAAAUCAGAUGGGUAGUUGAGGGUAGUGGCUAUUUUGAUGUCAGAGACCGAUCUGACCAGCGUUGGGUUCGAAUCAAAGUCGAAAAGGGCGAUCUUCUAGUCCUUCCUCCCGGGAUCUUUCAUCGUUUCACAGUGGACAAGGAUAAUUACAUCAAAGCGAUGAGAUUAUUUAAAGAGGAACCUAAAUGGGUGGCACUUAAUCGGUCUUCCGAGAGCGAAAACAACCCAUAUCGAAAGGUUGGUGUUUAUGAAUCACCCAAAACAUUUAUCCUGCUGACAUCUGAUUCUACUCAUCAGGCCUAUGUCGAGCAAAUUGGAAAGGCUAUGCCCACCAGCGCCUCUUGA